AUGCCUGAACUCGAGGUACCGGGAGCAACACUCCACUAUCAAGUGGCUGGACAAGGCCCUCUACUGCUCACCAUCUCUGGCGCAAAUGGGAGCUUCGAAAUUUGGCAAUCACUCACUCAGUUUCUGAAAGACUCUUUCACCGUGGUGUCAUACGACAGACGAGGCUUCUCUCGUAGUCUCCUCAGCGGAGCUCAAGACUACGAGCACAGGCUGGAUCGAGACGCGGACGAUGCGGCGGCACUGAUAAAGCACUUCUCUCCUGACCAGCCAGUCACCGUCCUGGGGAGUUCUUCUGGCGCCAUCGUCACUUUGCGACUGCUCCAACGACAUUCGGACAUCAUCAAAGUGGCUGUUGCUCACGAGCCACCGGCAGCGCAAUUCAACCCUGAUUACCCGGAGAUCAAGAAAAGUAUCGAGUCCAUUUAUGAUACCUACCGCCGCUCCGGUGUUCCUCCAGCCGCCGAGGAGUUCUGCGACUUCACCAUGCUUGGUGAGGAGAGAGCAGGCUUCCAACGAGCGUUUGAUCCACGGUCUGGACCUUACGUCUUCAGCAACGUCAACUACUGGUUUGAAAGGGAGUUCCGGUACCCGUUCACCGAGUUUACGCCUGAGAUGUUUGAGCCGCAUAAGUCGAAGUUGCUGCCAGUGAAUGCGCAAGAGACGAACAAGAAGGCUUUCCAUUUCAGGGCAAAUGAGAAUUUGACGAAGGCGUUGGGCCUGCCUCUGCCGUUGUUCACGGGCGGGCAUAUCGGGUAUGCAUCGCAUCCUGAGCAAUUCUCGAAAGAUUUCUUAGCGGCGUUGAAGGAGAAGCAGAGCGCUUGA